AUGAAUUAUUCUUAUAAUCCAAGCGCAAUAAGCUAAAAUAAUGCUGAUAUAGAGGAAGCUAAAGAAACUCUAGAAAUCUUAUAUGAUAUAAAUUAAAUAUUAAAUUGCGGUUUAGAUAGAUAAUAGCUUUCUGUGCUUAUCAGUUUGUGCGAAAAUGGAAUAAAUCCUGAAGCCUUAGCUGCUGUUGUGAAAGAAUUAAGAAAAGAGGCUGCUGCUUUAAAAGUAAUUUAAAAUAAUUCUUAAAAUUGA